CUCGAGAACAAUGUAUCCUCACGCUGCCCGUCACGCAAUUCCCCGGCGCGAGCGCUCCUGCUGCGAUGCAAUCCUCCACCUAGACGCCCGCGCGCAGCUUACCACCGCCUCGCCAUCCUCGCCGCCUCCGCCGACCCGCAUUCCCCCAUAGCGAGCAACGAGGACCCCCGCAUAGGUCAACUUCUUUUCCACUACAACCUACAGCCCCCGCUAUAAACCAAGAUGUGCGGCAUUCUCGCAGUCAUCCUCGCCAGCCAGAGCGCUGAUGCUGCGCCUGAGCUGCACCAAGCUCUGUACUAUCUACAGCAUCGUGGUCAAGAUGCCUGCGGUAUUGCAACCUGCUCAAGAGGUGGCAAGAUGUACCAGUGCAAGGGUAACGGUCUGGCCUCCAAAGUCUUUCAGGAAGGUCGAAGAGUGGUGGACUUGCCAGGCUACAUGGGCCUGGCCCAUCUGCGAUACCCAACCGCCGGCAGUAGUGCCAACUCCGAAGCACAACCGUUCUACGUCAACUCGCCAUACGGCAUCUGCUUCACCCACAACGGCAACCUCAUCAAUGCGCCGGAGCUGAAAGAGUAUCUCGAUCAAGUGGCACACAGACACAUCAACACCGAGUCGGACAGUGAGCUUAUGCUGAACGUCUUUGCAGACGAGCUCAACGAAACUGGAAAGGCCAGAAUCAACUCAGAGGAUUGCUUCAGCGCCCUGGAGCGCAUGUACAGGAGAUGUAAAGGUGGCUGGGCAUGCACUGCCAUGUUGACUGGCUUUGGUCUGAUCGGCUUCCGCGACGCAUAUGGUAUCCGUCCCAUGGUUAUUGGUGAGCGACAGUCCGAGGAUGUUGAAGGCGGGAUGGACUAUAUGAUGGCCUCCGAGUCGGUCGCCCUGGACCAAAAUGGCUACACCAACAUCCAGGACAUACUACCUGGACAAGCUGUCAUUAUCGAGAAAGGCAAGAAGCCAGUCUUCCGACAGGUCAGCCCGCAAGUUGCGUACGCUCCUGACAUUUUCGAAUACGUCUAUUUUGCACGACCGGAGAGCAUCAUCGAUGGCAUAUCUGUGUACCGCAGUCGUCAACUCAUGGGGUACCGCUUGGCGGAGACGAUCCAGAAGCAGCUUUCGCCAGAGGAGCUGAAGAGCAUCGAUGCCGUCAUUCCACUUCCAGAGACCGCACUGGUCUCAGCCUAUGCCGUCAGCAAACACCUCAAGAAGCCCUAUUGCCAAGGCUUCAUCAAGAACCGCUACAUCUUCCGCACAUUCAUCAUGCCCUCACAACGCGCAAGACAACGUGGUGUGCGAGCGAAGCUCAAUGCUAUUCCCAUUGAGUUCAAGGGCAAGAAUGUGCUCCUUGUGGACGACAGUAUCGUCCGCGGCACUACGUCCCGAGAGAUCGUGCGCAUGGCACGCGAGGCUGGCGCCAACAAGGUGUAUUUCAGCAGCUGUGCGCCGCCCAUCACUCACUCGCACAUUUACGGCAUUGACUUGGCAAGCAAAGAAGAACUCGUAGCACAUCAGCGUACUGUCGACGACAUCGCAAAGCACAUUGGCGCCGACGGAGUGGUCUACCAAAACCUAGAAGAUCUCAAAGCUUCUUGCGCGCAGGAAAGUCCGCGAGGUCCAGGCCAGGAGUUCGAGGUCGGAGUCUUCUGCGGCAAGUAUAUCACACCUGUCGAGGACUCCUAUUUCGAGCACCUGGAACGCAUUCGAGGCGAGACGAAGAAGAUGAAGGUGAUGGAGAAGGCCAUGCAGGCCGUGUCUAUGGGCACAGCAGAACCCGAACAAGUGCGCAUGGCUGUCAACGGCGUCGCAGUCGCUGAAACCGGUGAAGUCGUGGCUCGAGAUUCUGGCUCGGAUGGCGAAGGACGAGUGCCGAAGAAGGAGCGCGUCGACCGCAUCUCGCGAGGCAAUAGCUUUGCCGGGACCAGGCCGACGCUGAAUGGAGCGAAUGGCGAUAAGCCGCGCGACAGCCAGGAUAUGGCGAUGCACAAUUUGGCUGAUCACGAUGGGCAGUUGUGAUGGGUACCUCAUGAUGUAGAUGACGCAACGCAAGCAUAGACAAAUGGGUGGGUGAACUUUCUGGUAUUACCAGGCGCUCAGGUUGAAACGAUGAGAGGGUCGCUCACGCUGGUCACUUAUCGAUGCCAUUCGGUUCGGAGGGCGUCCGUAGCAGAGCUUGUUAUCAGCCUCGCAGGGGCGUGUAUAGAAAGCAGAAAAAUGGCAUGCACUGCUACCGUGGCUCAUCGAUUAUGUUUCAG